AUGCACGUCACCGUCACGACCGAGGACGACGCGAUCGUCACCGUGGACGUCGACCCCGCGACGGUCGUGGAGAACCUCAAGGCGAUCUUAGAGGCGGAGACGGACGUCCCGACGCGCGAGCAGGUGUUAUUAUUCAACGGCGGCGAGCUCGCGAACGACGACGUCCUCUCCGCGAAGAACGUCGGCGAGGGCGACCUCCUGAUGCUCCUGCGGAAGCGCGGAGGAGGAGGCGGGGGCGUUGGCGCCGCCGCGAAUGGCGCGAACGAUAACCCGACGGCGAUGCGCCCCGACGGCAGCGCGGUCGACCCCGCGGCGUUCCAGCGCGCGAUCCGCGCGGACGCGCACGCGAUGCAGUCGCUCCGCGCGAACAACCCGUCGCUCCAUGGCGCCAUCCUGAACGACGACCCGAGCGCCAUGCAGCAGAUGUUGCGCGACGCGGCGACGGCGCGGAAGCGCGCGGAGGACGCGCGACAGGCGGAGAUCGACCUCCUGAACGCGGACCCGUUCGAUCUGGACGCGCAGAGGAAGAUCGAAGAGGCGAUUCGACAGAAAAACGUGGACGAGAACUUCGAGACGGCGAUGGAGACGACGCCGGAGGCGUUCGGGUCGGUGAUCAUGCUGUACGUGGACAUGGAGGUGAACGGACACGCGCUGAAGGUGUUCGUGGACAGCGGCGCGCAGAUGACGAUCAUGAGCUUGGGAUGCGCGAUUAGAUUGGGAUUGGAGCGACUCAUCGAUAAGAGAUGGCGAGGCGUCGCGAAGGGCGUCGGGACGCAGAAGAUCAUCGGGCGCGUGCACCAGGCCCCGAUCACGGUCGCGGGGAGCAUGAUGCCGUGCGCGAUCACGGUGUUGGAGAAGGAGCAGGACAUGGACUUCAUCUUCGGGUUGGACAUGUUGCGAAGGCACCAGUGUCAGAUCGAUCUGAAGGACAACGUGUUGCGACUCGGGACGAUCGAGAAGGCGAUUCCGUUCUAUACACUGGCGAUUCCGUUCUUGGGCGAGAGCGAGCUGCCGUCGUUCGCGAAGGCGAUGGGCGAGCCGGAGCCGGAGGAGGCGGCGGGAGGGGCGGCGGCGGCGGCGGCGGCGGCGGCGGCGGCGGGCGGUGGUGGUGGUGUCGGCGGCGGCGGCGGCGGCGCGGCGGCGGCGCCGGCGCCAGCUGGCGGCGGCGGCGGCGGCGACGCGGAGGGUAAGGUGGCGAAACUGAUGGAGCUCGGGUUCGACCGCGCGAAGUGCGUGGAGGCGCUGCAGGCGUGCGGGUGGAACGAAGAGCACGCGGCGUCGCUGCUGUUCUCGGGGGGAUUCUAA